AUGGAUCGCUUAGAUGACGAGCUGCAGUACUGCGAACUGAAGCGAUAUUUUCAGAAUUUAACUAAUGAUAAAAGCUGUCUACAGCUAUAUCAUGGUUUUACUUUUUUUUCAGUCGUCACUAAAGUAACUUCGAGCAAAGUACAUCAGUUUCCCAAACUCUUAGAGGCGGCCAGAGGUGACAAUGUUUCCAUGUUCUGCACAUUUCCAAUAUUUGAACAUGUUCCUGAAAUAUUUUGGUGGAGACACAACGAGGAAUCGUUUCUGGAACCAGACAACAGAAAGCGUUUUCAUGUCCAGAAAGGAAGAGGCUCGCUUCAUAUUCUCAACGUCACUUUUGCAGACUCUGGAAUGUAUCAUUGUAAAAUAAAGCAUCAGCAAGCCACUCAUGGAGCAGAAAGCGGCUCAUUGCUGACAGUGUGCGUUCCUCCGAAACUCCAGAAAAUCGUUCCCGUAGAAGAGAUUUCAGAGAACUAUUUGAAAUUCGAAUGCAAAACGACUGCAUUUUACCCAGAGGAUUUAGGAAUCUCUUGGUUAAAAGAUGGUUUCAAAAUUCAUACCGGAAUGGAGACUGUGAAAAACAAGACCGUGGAUGGGCUUUAUGAGGUUACUAGUUCAUUGGAAGAUGCACAGCCUGUGCAGAGUGGUGCAGUUUAUACCUGUCUGGUAUCUCAUGCUUGUCUUAAGGUGCCCACCAGCGUCAGCUACACCUUUAAUCGAGUUCCUCCGAAACUCCAGAAAAUCGUUCCCGUAGAAGAGAUUUCAGAGAACUAUUUGAAAUUCGAAUGCAAAACGACUGCAUUUUACCCAGAGGAUUUAGGAAUCUCUUGGUUAAGAGAUGGUUUCAAAAUUCAUACCGGAAUGGAGACUGUGAAAAACAAGACCAUGGAUGGGCUUUAUGAGGUUACUAGUUCAUUGGAAGAUGCACAGCCUGUGCAGAAUGGUGUAGUUUAUACCUGUCUGGUAUCUCAUGCUUGUCUUAAGGUGCCCACCAGCGUCAGCUACACCUUUGAUCGUGGCAGAGGAAGAAAUUCGGUGGAAGCAAAUCAAAAUGUCCAACCGCUUAGAAAAGCACCAUCUGAAGAAAAUGCCGCCUCUGCUGCAGUAAAAUUGAAAGCCAACAAAGGAUUCUCCAAACACAGACGCGCGGAAGAAAAUACUGUCUAUUCCCAGACCAAGAAAGGAAGCGAAGGUAACAAUCUGACAUACGCCACCCUGCAAAUAGCUGAUUCCAAGAAAGCAUCAACACCCAAACUGCAAGACCAUUCUACAUUAUAUGCAGGCAUAAAGGUGGCAAAGAAAGCAAGAAUUUAA